AUGCAAGAAGCGUUCAUCAAUGUACACGGAAAGAGCUGGCCGAAUGUCGAUCACUUGAGUGAAGCGUCGGUUAUGAGUGGUUCAACUUGUAUAGAGCUUCAGGAGACAGAAACCGAAUAUGAACCUGUGAGUUGGAGUGUUGAUAGCGGUAAUGUACAUGAGUGUAGUCCCGGGGGUUAUUAUUAUGGUAUUGGUGCACAGUUUGAGCAGUGA